UACAAACAAUUUACGGAUAUCUUCGAAAAUGUUCAAAUUCGUAAGUGUGCCUAAUUAAUAAUGUAAAAUAAACUUGGUUUUUUUAAUGUUUUGUCACCUGCAGUUAGUAUUUGUCACGUUAUUGGCUGUGGCCUCAGCUGCUGUUGCCAGAAUCAAAAUAGAAGAAAAAGAAGUUGUACCCAUUCUAAAUCAGGGUGAAGAGAAAAAUUCAGAUGGUUCAUUCACGUACUACUAUGAGGGUGCCGAUGGUGCCAAACGUCAGGAAAUGGGCUUUGUCAAUAAUGCCGGUACCGAAGAGGAAGCCUUGGUCGUCAAGGGCUCCUACCGUUACAUUGAUGCCAAUGGCCAGGAAGUUCUCGUUGAAUACAUUGCCGAUGAGAAUGGUUUCCAACCACAGGGCACCAUCAUUCCCAAAGAAAUUUCCCAAGCUGCUGCUGAAGCUGCCGUAGUGUCUAACAUUCAAAAAACUCAAUUGUUGCUAGAGAAGAAGAAUUAA